AUGUCUGGUCCCCUCCCAUACCCUCUCCUCCAUACGCACCCGCUGCAUCCUCUCAUCCCGCUGCAUCCCCUCUUCCCACUGCAUCCUCUCACCCCGCUGCUCCCUCUCAUCCCACUGCACCCUCACGUCCCGCUGCACCCUCUCAUCCCGCUGCUUUCUCUCCUCCCUCAGCCCCCCCUGCUCCCUCUGUACUCGCUUCUCCACAAGUUCCUACGAUUCCCUCUGCUCCCAGAUGGUGCGUCUCCCCUGUCUGCUCCCUCUCUUAACCAUAUUGUCGUUGCUUCUCUGUUCCUUCCACUCCUCUGCCUGCCUCCAAAUGCACUCCUCCCUCUGCUCCCUCUGUUCCCACUUCUCUCUCUGCUAUGUCUGCCCCCCCUGCUCCCUCUGUACUCACUUCUCCAUGGGUUCCUACGAUUCCCUCUGCUCCCGGAUGGUGCAUCUCCCCUGUCUGCUCCCUCUCUUAACCCUAUUGUUGCUGCUCCCUCUGUUCCUUCCACUCCUGUGCCUGCCUCCAAAUGCACUCCUCCCUCUGCUCCCUCUGUUCCCACUUCUCUCUCUGCUAUGUCUGGUCCCCUCCCAUACCCUCUCCUCCAUACGCACCCGCCACAUCAUCUUAUCCCGCUGCAUCCUCUCAUCCCGCUGCAUCCUCUCACCCCGCUGCACCCUCUCAUCCCGCUGCACCCUCACGUCCCACUACACCCUCUCAUCCCGCUGCUCCCUCUCCUCCCUCACCUCCCCCUGCUCCCUCUGUACUUGCUUCUCCACGGGUUCCUACAAUUCCUUCUGUUCUCGGAUGGAGUGUCUCCCCUGUUUGCUCCCUCUCUUACCCCUAUUGUUGCUGCCCCCUCUGUUCCUUCCACUCCCAUGCCUGACUCGAAAUGCACUCCUCUCUCUGCUCCCUCUGUUCCCAAUUCUCUCUCUGCUCCCUCACCUCCCUCCCAUACCUUCUCCUUUGUCUGCAACUGCUGCUCCCUCUCCUCCUGCUGCUCCCUCUCCUCCCGCUGCUCCCUCUCCUCCUUCCCCUCCCUCUCCUCCCUCAACUCCCUCUACUCCCUCGACUCCCUCUACCCCUUCCGCACCCGCUGCUCCCAGUGUUCCCUCUCUCGCCUGCACGCCCUCUGUGUUUUGGGGAUUGUUAAAUGGCAUGUGGGCAUCCGACUCGAGGGAUCUCGCAGCAAUGUACAUACGCCUCAGAAUGUCAUCCAUGUUCUCGAACGCAACGGUUAUGCUUGCACGGGCAAGCGAGACAUUAGAGUCCUCUGCGAGGGGGUGGGUAGGACGUGCAAUAUGAGGGGAAAAUAG